AUGAGGGCGUGCUUCCUCACUGCCUUCCUGGGUGCGUCCAUGGCCCUCGCGGCCCCCGCCAUUCCAGACGACGAACGUACAAGCAACAAUGGCGUCGUCUCUACCUACUCCCAAUCAAUGGUCUUGCAGGGUCGCUCCAAAAGCAUAGCCCUCCUUCGCGACUCCUUGCCCAUGUCAAACAAACGCAUGGAGGCAAGAGCCACCUAUUACUCCCUAUUGCCUCGCAACUAUGGUGAGGAGGACGAAGACACCAUCAAUAUCGGCCAAAACGACAACGAUGACGACAACCACGACGACGGCAAAACUGAUGCACUCCUCCGUCCAGUCGCCGUUCCCUCUGCGGCCACCACGACGCCCGUUUUGGGAGCCAGAUCAGAGUCUGAAGUAGAAACUGCUACUAUGUCGGAUCCCUAUGAAAACGAGCCUUGGUAUCGGAAUACCACGAAGGAAUUUUGCGAUCUCCUCCGCCCCAGGCCCCUCGACGAGACUUUUACCCUCACUUUCAGUGCUCCGUCUGGGAACAAGCCGCCAACAGAGAUGAAGAUGGUGCAGAGUCAUAUGCUCAAGAUCUGCCGCGUUGAUGCCUCGGACAUUGCCGUCCCGCACGUCGCCAGGACUGCUGCUUAUGAUGAUUAUGAGGAUAUGGCACCUCUCCCUGCUCAGUCAGCCACUACUACCGUUGCUGGUUCUACGACUACUGUUGCUCCUACUGCUACCUCCGCUACCUCCGCGGCUACUUCCACUUCUGCUUCUACUACUGUUACAACUUCCGUUCCUGUUGCUACUGUUGUCUCAUCAUCUUCUUCCUCCUCCUCUUCCUCCUCUUCCUCCUCCUCCUCGGAUGUUACGACUAUCAUAAUGGAUCCUACCACCUCCUCCAGCUCCUCCAGCUCUUCAACGCCUGAUUUAAUUAUCACUAUGACGAUGGACCCGACGACCUCUUCUACGUCCUCAACAUCCUCAACGUCCUCAACAUCCUCGACGUCUUCUACGUCUUCUACUUCCUCUACCUCGUCUACCUCGUCUACCUCAUCCACUUCGUCUUCGACCUCCUCCACCUCCUCGUCCACUUCGUCCACCUCAUCCUCAUCUAUCGUCACCCCGCCUCCCCCCGUUACAACUACUCAGACGACUACAGUCACUGUCCAACCCUUCGUCUCCACCGUCACCUCCACCGUCACAGUCACCCAGCAAAUCAUGGUUCAUGCACGUACCCCCGCACCGGCAUGCCCUUGUCCAACCCUCUAGGCUUCUUUUGCGAAAACACGCAAACUUGCAUAGAGACCCCUCCCCGAAUUCGUUCCUU